AUGGCAAAUGCAGGCUGGAACAAAGAUGCAAAAUAUGCACUGGGUUUGUAUAAGGGACUGAUCCGAAUAUUAGGAAUUUGGCCACUAGAUAAUCGCGGAAUAUUUUCCACUUUACGGAUUUUUAUUGUUGUGUCCAUUCAAAUCACUCUGGUAGCAAUUUUUCUUCGUGAUUGGAUUCUCAAAGGUAACUGUGGCGCUAUAACUGAAUUAGUUGAUGCCAUAAGCCUCAUUACAACCAGCCUCAUGGCUGUAUUGAAGAUACUCCUCCCCUGGAUCCACCGAGAGAGGGUUUCUUUCAUCGUCAACUCGGCUUUGCAAGACUGGUCGCACGUCGAAGGGAAAAAACCUCGGGAAAUAAUGCGGCAAUACGCCUCCAUAGGAAGACUUGUCUUCAUCGUGCAAAUGUUGGGAGCUUACAUGACGAUAAUUCCCCUCAUAUUGACGAGCCUCCCAAGAUUGGUAGAAGUUGGGCAUGUGGAUAACAGAAGCGUAUUUUUUCGAAAUAUACCGAUUGGGCCCAGAUGCUGGGUCUCCCUGGAAAUUUCGGAGCUGACUUACUAUUGUUAUUACAUCUUCGUAUGUAUACAUUUGUUCUUCCUGGCGACUGCUUACCUUGGAGGCGAUGUCUUUGCUUUUGGCCUCGCAAUGCAUCUGUGCGGACAAUUUCAGCUACUAUACAGGAGCUUGGACGAGCUCAAUGGUGAUGAGCCUGAAUCAACUCAGCGGGUGAAAAUCUCCACAUUUUCUAGGCGACACAAUCAACUUCUCAAACUGGCCAAUGACUUUGAAGCAGCAUUUCACAUGCUCAUCUUCUUAGAACUCGGGGCAAAUACAUUCAUCAUCUCUAUUUCAGAAAUUAUUUUACUCUUAGCCUGCAGAACCGGAGAUACCCAGACAAUAUCAGCGAUGGCAAUCAGAAUUUACCUGAUGUACAUCCAAAUAUUCAUGUACAGCUACAUAGGCGAGCAUUUGUCCACGCAAGCGGAGAAAUUACAAGUCGCUGUUUACAACAGUCCCUGGUACAGAAUGUCGUCAGCUAUCGUCAGAGAUAUGAAAUUCAUAAUGAUGCGAAAUAAUUAUCGCUUUUAUCUCACUGCGGGUAAAGUAUGGCACAUGGAUUACGGGAAUUUCAAAAAUAUCGUUAAAUCAAUGUUCUCAUAUUUUUCAAUACUUCGCUUGAUACUCAUCGACUGAACACAUAUUAUUGAUAAGUCGUGGACAUU